GGCUGGAGGCAGCCGCGCUGCAGGGGCUGCCCAGGGAGGCGUCCAUGGCGCUCAUGGCGCUCGACGUGGUGGACCCCGACGCUGCCUCGCCCGCCACCCCCGCUGCAGCACACCACGUCCCGGCUGGACCAGUUGCAGCAGCGGAAUCAGCUGGAGCGACAGGGUCGGGAGGGGCAGACGAGGCAGGAGCAGCGGAAGGAGAGGUAGGGGCAACAGAAGAGACAGGAGCAUCAGGGGCAGCAGGGGCAGCAGGGGCAGGGGGCAAGGAGGAAACGCCAGGCGCAGCAGGAGUAUCCCUGGAUCUCCCUUCAGACGCACCUGCAGCAACGGCACUGGGAACGACUGCUGGAGAAGUGGAUGCAGGCGCGACUUCCACGGAUUCAUCUGGGGCAGGCGCAUCUGGGGCGGGGCCAUUCGCGAAUGGCGUGCGCCCCAUUCUGCACGAGGGCAGGCCGCUGCUGGCCGCCCUCAAGCGCGAGAUCUGGGAGAAACCUCCCCCAGGCAGCGCGGUGCCAGCGAGGGCCGAGUUCGCCCUGCGGCGGGAGAUGGUGGAGCAGCGGCAGCGCGAGGGCGUGGUGGUGGUGACGUUCGCCAACCACGCGUUCCUCGACUUCGUGCUCAACUGGGUGCGCCACCUCACCGACCUCGGCGUCCACAACAUCCUCGUCGGCGCCAUGGACACCAAGUUCUUGGAGGCGCUGUGGAGGGAGGGCGUGCCGGUGUUUGACCUGGAGAGCGGCAUGACGUCGGACGACCCGGGGUGGGGCACGCCUGUGUUCCACGCCAUGGGGCGCGAGAAGGUGACGCUCAUCAACGUGUUCCUGUCGCUGGGCGUGCAGCUGCUCAUCUGCGACACCGACACCGUGUGGCUCAGAGGGGCCAGGGGUAGGGCCCAGGCGUGCACCUCAUCAUCUUUCACACCGGCACCGUCUGGCUGCGGCCCCGCCGCUCAGAACCCGCUGCCGUACAUGGCGCGCUACCCCCAGGCGGACGUGCUGACGUCAUCGGACCAUCUGGUGCGGUCGGUGGACGACGAGUCGCUGGAGCACUGGGACCAGGCCCAGGGCGCGUACAACAUAGGCAUUCUGCACUUCCGCCCCACGGACCCGGCAAGGCGCUUUGCGCGCGCGUGGGCGGAGCAGCUGGCUUUGGACGCCAAGGUGUGGGACCAGAACGGCUUCAACGACCUCAUGAGGCAGAAGCUGGGCCCCGACGUCAACCCCGACGCCCACGACAACGUCUUCUGGGCGUUCGACGGCUCGCUCAAGCUCGGCAUCCUGCCCGUCGCACUCUUCUGCUCCGGCCACACCUACUUCGUGCAGCACCUGUACCGGCGGGUGGGCGUGGAGCCGUACGCCAUGCACGCCACGUUCCAGUUCGCCGGCACCAAUGGCAAGCGCCACCGCUUCCGCGAGGCCAUGGCGUUCAUCGACCCCCCGGAGUACUACGACCCUCCAGGUGGCGUGCUGUCAUUCGUUAACAACAUUCCGGAGGAGCUGCUGACAGGUGGCGACCACUCUCUGCAGACGCACUUCAGCCUCGUCAACUACCAGCUCGUCAAUCUCAGAUCAGCGCUCGCCAUCGCCACAAUACUCAACAGAACACUCGUGCUGCCUGCCACGUGGGUGCGGUACGAUCGCAUCUGGUUCCCCCACCCCGGGAUACUGGACGGCACCGACACACCGCAGCCGUUCCUGGCGCCCGCGGACCACGUGGUGGAGGUGCAGAAGAUGCUGCCCGGCGCACUCAAGGAGGACGAGUUCGGCCCCGCCGUGCCCAUCCGCGAGUACUCCUUCCUCGACAACCCACGCACCCCACAAGCGGUGAGUGCUGUGCUCUGCUCUCGCCGCCACCUCUGCCUGGGGCACAUUCCACAUUCCAGCACACAUGCCCCAGCCGUUGCUGCCCCGCGUGGAUCAUGUGCUGGAGGCUCUCCCUGGCUCUCUCACCGCUUCCCCUCUCCCACAUCCCUCCCCUCUGCCACCAUUGCGCAGGUGCUCAAGUCGAAGCUGGCUGUGCAGCUGUGUGACGAGGGCUCGCCCGACUGCCCCUCCACGCCCGAUGGCCCCGCGGACGCCAUUCGCAUGAAGAAGAACACGCGGCAGAACGAGGUGCCGUGGGGUGGAAAGUGGGAGGGCAGGUGGGUGCUGAAGGCAGUGCUGUCGCGUUACUCAGACAUCAAGUGGAUCGAGUUUUCUUCCAUGGUGGACUCCUUUGGAGGCUGGGACGACAAGGCCAUGGAGAGGAAGUUCAGAUGGCGGCUGCGGCAGUAUGUGGGCAUCUGGUGCUGCGUCAAUGCACAGCCAGGGCACAUCUGGUACGACUUGUUCAACGAUGAGAUCCCGGGGUGGAAGCCAAGGCCGCCAGCCAAUUGGACAGAGGACCACCCGCCAUGGGGCAAGGACCAACCGGGUGCCUUAUGA